UCCAUUGGCUCCCAGUAUGUUUCAGAAGAGAUUUUAAGAUUGUACUGAUUAGUUUUAAGGCUCUUCAUGGUCUCUCUCCCAGCUAUAACGGUGACCUCUUAUAUCGUACACCUCCUGACGUACUUUGAGGUCCUCGGGCUGCAGAGGUCUUUUGUCUGCUCCAGAGGUUGAAAACUAACGGGGACUUCAGGAAAUCAGGUCGGCCAAGUGAAUUCUUCAGUCUUGGAUCCUUUGUGUUGUGUUGGUAAUCAAGAUGCAGGCACAGGUGGCGUGGUUGCUUCUCCUCUGUUUCACAUGUGGUGGACUUUGUACAGACGUUGACCUGGACCAGCGAGCUCUGGAGGAGGAGCUACUCAGCAGUCUCUUCACUUCUAAGAUGAAACAGAAUAAGCAGAGUGCCCCCUACUGGCGCGUGUCGCUGGCCAACCUGUGCAGGAUGGUGAGCAGCCUGCGGCAGGAGGCGUGGAGCGGCGAGGAGGAGGAAGAGGGCAGCGAGCUGACGGAGGGAGGCCUCCAGCUGCUGGAGGAGCUGUACAACCUGCAACUCAUCUGUCGAGCACUGCAGAGCCGGGAGGAGAGGCUACUCCACGACUCUCAAGAAUAUUUAGAGGAGAACGGCGGCACUCCGCUCAAACGAAAAUCACCCUACAUCCUGAAGAGGCAAGCGUCGCACACCACCAAGUCCCGGAGGCCGUACAUCUUAAAACGAAGUACAAUUUACUGACAACCAUCCCGGAGGCCGAAGUCACGUUUCAGGGGACCAGACACUUCCUGUGAAGAUGUGAUUGUGUUUUUUUCUCUCUUCCUGUAGCUGCGAUGUCUUUUUUUUCUUUUCCCGUUGUUGUUUUCAUCCCGUCAGACCCUUGGAUUGUGUGUCCAGCAUUGAGGCCUGCCUGUAUUCUGCUCCUUUCAAAGUCAAGGUCCUGAAAAUAAAAUCCUGAGCAUCAACCAAAUUGUGUAUCUCUGAGAAACUAUAUUUAUUUACUCGAUUUCUUCA